UCUGCAAGCAGAUCUCUUGAGUUCUAUUGUGAGAAAGAAGGCUAUUUAUCAGCUACGAUAUUGUUUACUUCAAUCAAGAAGAUGCUCGAAGGUGGUACGGCACGUGCCAUUCUCAUGGCCGCAGCAGUGCUAAUUGGAUUCUCAACUCCUCCCCAUUUGAUAGAAAAUACACUGUCCAACUGCUUUUUAGCCUCAGGCACAGUCCUGAAGAAUGAAUUGCAGAAUGAGUUGCAGUCUCUUGGAGGAAGUGAUUUUACCCUCUCUUUAGAAUGGGCCUUGUUCAACCCAAGGCAAGGACUUUGCUUGAAAGAAAUUGACGUAUUGCAAACUGCUGGGGAGAACCUUGUUUCGAACGACUCUUCACCACUAAACGAUGAAGACUCUCACGUUCAUGCAAACACCUCUCUGGAUUUUAAGCAUUUUAACUCAUUUCUCCUCUCAUCAACUCUGGACACUGAUUACUCGAUAACCCAAGCGUUUGACUACACGACCAUCGUGUAUGAAGUUGGUCUGGAAUUGGAAACUGUCAGCCUUGUAUCAGAAUCGGAAUUUGACGGAACAGCCUCUUACUUGCGCUUGCAUCACUAUCGAUCUACACUGUCCUAUGGAGAUCUUCUCAACUCCUACUGGAAUGAAUGGACCUACCACAUGGGACCAAAUCUUGGCUUGACAUGUGUGACUGUUAUGUAUGGGUGUGUGCUUUGCACUGCCCUGUACCACCUCUGGGCACGGACUACCACAAGCAAGGCAUUGGCAUUGAAAUUCCAGUCCCUAUAUGGUGUUAAUCUCAACAGUGAGUCCCAACUCUCUAUUCUGACAUUGGAGAGGGAUACUCUACUUACGAAGCUCUUAGAGACAACCACACACGCAGACUCACUCCAGGAUCUUCUCAACUCUCUGUCCAAGGAGCUCCACGACAUUACCAAACAUAAUGCUCACCUCAAGCUUGAACUAGCUAAAAAGAAUGAUGACCUGAAGCAUAUCAAACUAAUGAAGUCGAUGUCUUACAAAAGAUCGAAAAUGUCAGAAGAUAAGUUUAAGCUCGAACGGGCUCAAUGGAAAAAAACAAAAGAAUCAUUGGUGUCCGAAUAUGAAAAGCUUGUAGAGAAGUAUAUUGCUGACAAGGAGGCUGAGAUGACUAACGUCAAAAGGGAAUUGGAGGGUUCUAAACGACAGGAGACUGAUACCAAGAACUUAGUUAUGUUGGCAGAGGAGCACAUGGAGAGAAAAAGGAAAGAAUGGCUGAACAUUGAAAAACAGAUGAUGGCAAACCGCACAAUACUUAUUGAGGAUCGAAAUUACAUCGAGGCUGAGUUAUUGAACACGAAGAAAGCAUUGGAGCGAUCAGAGCUGCUUGAAUUUGAGGCACAGACAAAGUUGAUUUUGGAUGAAGAGAGUCUGGAACAGGAAAGAAAUGAAUGGCUGAACAUUGAAAAACAGAUGAUGGCAAACCGCACAAUACUUAUUGAGGAUCGAAAUUACAUCGAGGCUGAGUUAUUGAACACGAAGAAAGCAUUGGAGCGAUCAGAGCUGCUUGAAUUUGAGGCACAGACAAAGUUGAUUUUGGAUGAAGAGAGUCUGGAACAGGAAAGAAAAGAAUGGCUGAACAUUGAAAAACAGAUGAUGGCAAACCGCACAAUACUUAUUGAGGAUCGAAAUUACAUCGAGGCUGAGUUAUUGAACACGAAGAAAGCAUUGGAGCGAUCAGAGGUGCUUGAAUUUGAGGCACAGACAAAGUUGAUUUUGGAUGAAGAGAGUCUGGAACAGGAAAGAAGUGACUGGAAAGAAACAAAGGAGGCGCUAUUGAAUAAGAACACUGAGCUUGCUGACAAAUACACUGCUUUGGAGACCGAACUACUGGACACAAAGAAAGCAUUGGAACGAUCAGAAAUACACAAGUUUGAAGGCCAACAAAAGUUGGUACUGGCUGAGGAGCACAUGAACAGGGAGAGUGAGGCGAUGAAAGAGCUCUUGACAUUGGAGUGCACUAAGUUUGAGAAGAAAAACAGCGCACAAAAGACUGAGCUACAGAGCAUUAAGAAACAGCUAGAGAAAAAUAAAUGUCUUGAGAUUGAGUUGCAGGCCAAGCUAAGGUCAACUGAGGAGGCACUAAAGAGAAAAGAGAGAUCUCUUCAGGCAUUGAAAAGGGUAGAAGCUACUGAAGAGAAGCAGCUUAAAUUGGCCAGGGAAGAGAUUGCACUGCUAAAGAGAAGGCGCAGUGCAGUACCACAUUCCCCCCGCUCUGCUCACAAAGUGGCUAGUGGACGUGUUGAUGCUGUGGACAGUGGUAUAUCGAGUGAACCUGACCUCUCGUCACACGGUGCCCUAUAGCUGGCUAUAGCUAGCUUAUAAUAAUCACAGAACUGGAUUAUUGGACAAUGGCUAUGCAUGACUGUAUUAUAGUUAUAGUUGAU